AUGACAUUACACCAUGAACUCUUACCUGAUUUCGUCGAGGCCGUGCGGAUUCACCCAGAAAUUUACGACGGCCAUUUCUCCAAGGACUCAGAUAAGGCGUGGAACGUAAUAGCUGACCUUUUUGAAAUCACAGUGAACGAUGCCAAAAAACAAUGGUACGAGUUGGUACGGAUACACCGAUAUAUGUAUCUUGAAAUGCCCGAUGAAGCCUUCAAGGUGAUCGCUCCACAAGAAGAUCCCCGAUGGGCUAUCGCUACCCGACAGACAGCUAUAACUCUAGCUCAUUUCCUGCAAAACGAUCUCAAAUUUCUAUUUAAAAACGAGGUCGUGUUCUAA